AUGAGGUACAACUUGAUUGCCCCUAUUGCUGAUCAGCCUUCAUACAAUAAUAUCUAUGGCUAUGGUGCUACUAUUUGGAGUCUAUUGAAGUUUGGUAUUUUUACUGCAAAAGAUGCUGCUAAUCUUGAAUCUCCUGAAGGGAAGAAGCAAAUCGAGCAGAUUCGCCAAGUUAGUAAGAUUGCAGAGAGAAGCAGUGCGACUCCUGCUCAGCUCGCUAUUGCUUGGACUUUAAAAAGUCCUCACGUGUCUAUUCCUAUCCUCGUUGUUAGCAAGUCAAUGUAA